AUAUUAAGCAGCCAUAAUAGCCCUUUCAGUUAAAUCAUAAUGGCUUACUUUAAAACAAAUAUGUCCUUCGUACUGAAUAGGCAAAUCAAAAGAAAAAGUAUAUGUGAGAUAUUACAUUUUUUGCCAUCUCAAUUGCUUUACUCCUAUUUUUAAUUAAAAAAUUAAUUUUUUUCAGUUUAAAGGGAGGUUUUUUUAUUAAAAGCUGGUCGAUUUACUAACUUAUUCAAAAAAUAUUAUACGUAUGCUAAUCAUUUAAAGUAGAAAAAGUGUUGAUAAAUUUUCGAUUUUCAACAAUAAAUUGAGUAUUAAAGGUAUUUACGUAGAAAAUAUUAUUUUACCUACAAAAAUAAAUUAAAAGAAGGUUAAAUCAUAUUUUCUUCUAUUUAAAAAAGGAGAGCUAGUCGCUGCCUUACUAUUUGGACAAUAUAUAGAAAGGCAUAAUAUUUCAAAAUAUAAGUGAGCAAUUUUCUCUCUAUUCCCAAUCAACUUUCUGCCAAUUUUUCUGUUCUAUUAUGUGAUUGAGUGAUUUUUGUGUUUACUUAGCUAUCACUCAUGCCCGAUUAUUUAUGAAAUGAACAGCCAAAGUCUUUUGAAAUUAAUAUCUGAUGACAAUUUUGUCUCAUUAUGCUAUACUCUGUAUGCGCUAUCAAUUAUUUAUAAAUGUCUGUAUCUAUCUAUAUAAUUUAUAAGUUUAAACUCCACGCGAAGUAGCCUAUGGCGGCAGCCACUUUCAAGUUACACUAACUACUUAUGCCAUUUUAUUUGGCUAGGCAAGCUAUAGUUUCUGGCUCCGAUGCAAAAAUCUUUCUUGGGCUAAGAUAAUUCACUUAGACUGUCAGGCACCCUAAAAAUCUUAGCUUUUACGUAGUGAUUUUUAGGGUACAUUUCUGUAAACUAUGGAUAGAAAUCCCUAUCAUGAAGCCUAGAGGCUCCUGCUUCCUGCAAUAUCUGUGAUAAUUUACCAUGCGAAGCCAAACCUCAUAGUUAAAAUAUGCAAGAAAACUUCGGUCGGGAGACUAGAAAAUUUGAACGACACUAUUUGAACUAUCAAAAAUUCUGUAUCAUAUCUGUAGUCUCCCAUACAACUAUAACAUUUCAUUGUCCAUAGCAAAUCUAAAUGCAGCAGUUUACAUCUUACUCAAGCCAAUAAUUAAAAAACUCAGUGGAAGUGUAUUAUGAUCUAUCACUAGUUUAAUUUUUAUAAGUCAUAUAGAAGAAUUUGGAUACAAAAGGAUCGAUAUUGCAUCAGGCACAUCUAAUUAUUUGUCAGUCAUUUACAUUGCUUAUUCUGAAAUAUUUUUUUGCUUCUGGUGCGGAUUAAAUAAUUGAGAAGAAUCAUUUUUCCCAUUUUUCUACGUUGUGUACUCUGUUUUUUUUGAAAUUUGCGUGGUUAGAGAAUUUUUUUGGUUUCUUAAAUCGAAUUUUUUUUUGUUAUCUGAAUGUCCUGAUAAUUUUAAGAAGCUUAUAUUAUGCUCUUAUAAGUAGAUACUUAUUAGCAGCUCUAGGUUAUUAAUUAUAAAUUAACAUAAAUACUUAUUACCUGCAAUAAAAUAAAUGUGUAGCAUAUCAAAAAGUAUACAAAAAUAUGAGAUCAAAGAAAUUGAAGCAAAACUUAUAGAAGUAUAUAGCUUUGCAAUUUAUUUGUGUUCUUCUUUAUUUUUAGCUUAUUAUUUUAUUGAUGAUAUAUGACCUGAUUUUUGAGUUUUUAAAGAAUUCUUAUAUUUUGCAGGGUGGGCAUGUGCCGCUGCUUUAGCUAACCCACCAUCAUUAUUUUCUUCUGAAAGAAAUUUUACUUUGAACACUUUUGGCUUUUAUUUCCAAUUUUUAAUUCUAAGGAGAAUAAAACAUUGGAUUUCUCAAUAG